AUCUUAUCGCUAGACCAUGAACUUGAUGGAGAAAAUGUUACCCAGCUCUUUCUUUUCCUGUGCUUGCACUCACUAUAUCUCAGUCGACUCUUUGAUAAACUUUUAUGUCCACCCAUGAAGAAGAAGAUGUACAAACCCAAGUUGAAGUAGACAGAAAUCCUAAUUCGCCGUCAAAGUAUCCAACGACCAUUGGGUAUGGCGAAGAUGUUGAAAAACGUUCUACGAGACGGGAACUACAAGACGUAAAGCCGGUAUAUAGCCCCACGAACACUUUGGACUCCCGAGAAGUCGUCAUCGUGGACUGGGACGGUCCAGACGAUCCUAAGAAUCCGAAAAAUUGGCCCAGGAGUCGUAAAUGGGCGGCUACUUUGAUUGUGGCCCUAUUUACUUUUGUUUCGCCCGUGGCAUCCGCAAUGAUUGCACCUGGGAGUCAACAGGUUGCGGAUGAGUUUGGAAUAACGAGUAAUGUCGUGCUGGAUAUGAUAACAUCCAUCUUUGUGCUUGGUUUUGCAAUCGGACCGCUGCUCAUGGGACCAUUGAGUGAAUUAUAUGGUCGCUCUCGCGUGGUUCAAUUGGGAAAUGCCUUUUUUCUCGUUUGGAAUUUUUCAUGCGGCUUCGCACAAAAUCAAACGCAGCUCAUCAUCUUUCGAUUUUUGGCCGGAAUUGGGGGUAGUGCCCCACUAACUAUUGGUGGUGCUGUCAUUGGCGACACAUUCUUUCCGGAAGAACGAGGUCGAGCUAUAGCUAUCUAUGCUCUCGGUCCCAUGAUAGGACCUGCAGCCGGGCCAGUCAUUGGAGCUUGGAUUGCUGCUCGAGUAAGUUGGAGAUGGGUGUUCUGGUCUACAACAAUUUUCGAUGUAGCCGUUCAAGCGGUGGGAAUCAUCCUACUACAAGAAACAUUCGCCCCUGUGUUGUUGGAACGCAAAGCCCAGAGGUUGGCGAAAGCUUCGGAUAACGAAAAGGGUACCGGUAAACCUACUUCAUUUUCUACAAUCUAUGAGAACGAAAACAGAAACUGGGCAUACAUCCUCCGAACGGCGCUGACCCGGCCUUUCAUGAUGUUCAUCCGAGAACCAAUUUUACAACUACUCGGCGUGUACAUGGCUUUCAUCUAUGGAAUAUUCUAUGUUUUUAUCACUACGAUCCCCGGAAUAUUCACCAUCAUCUACGGCGAAUCCAUCGGUAUUAUGGGCUUGAAUUAUUUUGCUCUCGGACUCGGCAUGGUUUUUGCCAGUUGGAUGAAUUCCAGGACUAUGGACAAGAUUUAUAUGUACUUCAAAACGAGGAACAACGGUAUCGGCGAGCCUGAGUAUCGUGUUCCAACCAUCGUUCCCGCCUCGAUAUUUGUUCCCGUUGGGAUUUUUAUGACCGGAUGGGCUGCACAAGCGCACGUUCACUGGUUUGUCGUUGACAUGGGAAUAUUUUUCGUCGGAGCUGGCAUGAUUCUUGCGUUUCAGGCGAUACAAGUAUACAUCGUUGACGUGUUCACACUGUACGCUGCUUCGGGUAUAGCAUCGGUAUCGUGUCUUCGUUCUUUCUGCGGUUUUGGAUUCCCUUUGUUUGGCAAUACGAUGUUCGACAGUCUAGGAUACGGUAAAGGUAGCACUAUCCUAGCGUGCGUCGUAAUCGCUGUCGGUUGUCCUGCCCCAUGGAUUUUGUGGUGUUUCGGGAAAAGGAUCAGGUCAGGCAGUAAAUUUGCGAAAAAGUCAUAAGUGUGUACGUGGGUGUUGGUCAACCAUAACUUAUAGACCUUGUACUUUUCCAUUCACGAUAUUAAUACAUACCUGCAAACCAAAAGUACUCAUGGAAUGUUAUAUCCAAAUUUCAAUGCACCAGC